AUCUUCAGGACAGGUGCGGUCAUUACUCAUAGUGGCGUUUCUGUCAGCAAGCCAAAGCGUUUAGAUGGGCGACAACAGAAAGCUGCAGCUUUAACCUUAAACUUAUCAGAAUGACAGUUAUUUUGGCAAUACAAAGCUGUCACAAAAAACAGUAACAGCAGACAGAGAGAGUUUGUCUUCUGUCCAGCAGUGUUUUGCUGUAGUGAAGAUGGCGCAAGCACUGUCAGAAGAGGAGUUCCACCGUAUGCAGGCUCAGCUCUUGGAGCUGAGAACACAGAACUACCAUCUAUCUGAUGAGCUGCGGAAAAAUACAGCGGAGCUCAACAGUGUCCGUCUGAAGACCUCGAACUUGGAGAAAGACUAUAUCAAAGCACAGAAGGCUUUGAACAAGAGCAAGAAAGCACAGGAGGUAGACGCCUUACUCAGUGAGAAUGAGAUGCUUCAGGGCAAGUUGCACAGUCAGGAAGAAGACUUCAGACUGCAGAACAGCACUCUCAUGCAAGAGCUAUCCAAGUUAUGUUCCCAGAUCGAGCAGUUGGAGUCGGAGAAUCGAGGUUUAAGGGAGGGUCAAGGGCUGGAAAGACCCGCCUCCAGCCCCGCCUCUGGUCCAGUAGAUGCUGAGCUCCUGCGCCUACAGGCUGAAAACUCCGCCCUGCAGAAGAAAUUGACAUCUCUUCAAGAGCGUGCAGAUGUUACUGAUGGAAAAGCAGCUCUCAUUGAUGGAACGGCCGGCACUAACGGUGUCCAGUCAGAUGCCAGCAGUCACAGUGAUGACCCUUCUGCCUCGGGAAAUGAUCAGAUUGAUCAGGCCGAAGUGCAAAGCGUCAAACUGGAACAGCGAGAUAAUGAACUGAGUGAGGUGGCAUUAAAGCUUCAAACGGAAAUGGAGGAGAAAUGCUUACUGAGGGAACAACUCCAGACACUAGAGAUGUCCAAGCAGACAGAAAUCACAAAACUACAAGAAGAAAAUGCUAAAUUGUCUGAUAAGUUGAAGAAAAAACAAGAGAGCUUCCAGCGGCUACAAGUUGAGAAGGAAGCACUUUACAAUGACAGCAGGACUAAAAUUGAUGAGAUCCAGCAGAGGAAAGAGGAGGAGCUCAAAUCCAUAAACCUUCGCGUGCAGAAACUGCAGGCAGAUUUAAUGGCCGCCAACCAGAACGUCACUGAACUGAAGGAGCAGUUGCAGAGCAAACAGAAAGAGCAUGAGAUGGCCAUCCAUGCGCUCAAAGAUCAGGUAGCGUGUCAGAGCGCGGUCAGUCAGGAGCAGGUGGAGGGCAUGCUGAGUGAGAACGAUGCUCUCAGGACAAAUCUAGCGGCUCUAGAACAGAUCCAAACAGUGAAGACUCAGGAACUGAAUUUGUUGAGAGAGCAAAAUCUGGCUCUCAACGCAGAGCUUCAGCAGAGACGUACAGAACAGGAGAGUUUCCUGGCACAGAGAGAUGAUCUCAACUCACAGCUACAGGAGUCAAACCGAGCGAAUAGUCGACUGCUGGAGCAGCUCACUGAACUUGGUCUGGAGAAGGACAAGCUACAGCAGGAGUUAGAAGACGCUAGAAAGACUGCAGAUAAGCGUAAGGCCAUGCUGGAUGAACUGGCCAUUGAGAUGGCGCAGGAGAAAUCUCGGCACAAAGAGGAACUCAGCAACGUGCGUUUGCAGCAUGAGAAGGAGGUGCUGAGCAUCAGGGCUCGCUACGAGAAGGAGCUCCGCGGCCUCCACGAGGAGAAGAACCGCACGGAAGAGGAGAUUCGCUCACAGCUACGAGAUGAGAAAGCUCGUACCAAAGAGCUGGAGGGUCUUCAGCCAUAUGUAGAGGAGCUGAAAGCUCAGGUUCAGUCCAUGGAGGGGACGAAGGGCUGGUUUGAACGCAGACUCAAGGAAGCCGAGGAGACCAUGGAAAAGAACAAACUGGACCAUGCAGAAGAGAUCCAGCGGGUACAGAAAGAUCACACAGUCCAGCUGGAGGCUAAAGCUGCAGAGGUGGAGGCAGUUAAACAGCAAGUGAAGGAGAUGGAGAAAGAGAGAGAAGAUCUCAAUGAUACAAUCGGAAAACUCAAACAGGAGAUUAAAGACACGGUGGAUGGACAGAGAAUCCUGGAGAAAAAAGGUAGUUCAGCGCUGAAAGACUUGAAGAGGCAGCUCCAUCUGGAAAGAAAGAGAGCGGAUAAACUCCAGGAGCGGCUGCAGGAGAUCUUAACCAACACUAAGACUCGGACAGAUUCUCUGUCCGUGAGUGCAGGUCUUGAGGAGCUGGUAUUGUCUGAGAUCAGUUCCCCGAGCCGUACGCAGCAGACGGGUGACAGCAGUAGCAUUUCCUCCUUCAGCUACAGAGAGAUCAUGAAAGAUGGCGCAUCAGCUCCCAGCACCAAUAAGUCCAACACCAGCAGCCCUCAGUCCCAGCGACCUGCUGACCUUUCAGACGACGAAGUCAGUGAGCUCUUCCAGAGACUUGCCGAGGUCCAGCAGGAGAAGUGGAUGCUGGAGGAGAAGGUGAAACACUUGGAGGUCAGCUGUGCCUCAAUGGCUGAUGACAUCUGUAAAAAGAGUGCCAUUAUUGAGACAUACGUCAUGGACAGCCGUAGAGAUGUAUCAGGAGGAGUUGGAGUAGUCCAUGGUGCUCAGGGUGAGCGUGGAAGUUUGAGUUCUGUGCUGAGGGACUUGGUGAAACCUGGGGAUGAGAAUCUGCGUGAGAUGAACAAAAAGCUGCAGAACAUGCUGGAAGAGCAACUGACAAAGAACAUGCACCUACAGAAGGAUCUGGAAGUUUUGUCUCAGGAGAUUGUACGUUUGAGUAAAGACGGAACCCCUGCGGAAAACUCCAAAGCCACAGGCUAAAACUGGACAUCAUCCAUCCGAUGAUUCAGUAGCCUUCUCUUUCUCGUUCACUCAUCUCUUCACGGCUACCAAGAGGAAACUACAUCCAUCUCUUACGAAGUCCUCCAACAAUCUAAGAUGUACUAGGAGCACAGAGGGUUGAAACAGAUCAAGUCCAUCUGUGAUUCACAUACUACUGAAUGUAACGUAACACUUUAUAUGUUGUGUGUCUGUGACUGAAAAGAACUGUUGGAUAAGAGGCCGUCAAGCAAACCCUGGCUGCUUGACAUCUGUGAACUGUGUGCUCGGGACAGUGGCAUGGCCUUGGUGGUCCAAGCAGGACCGCUCUACCUACCACUAAUUCCCCCGUUCAGGAAAGCGCGUCCAAUGUUGGCGUCCUCAAACUGUUAUCACUGUUGUAUUGCCUGUUUUGUAUAUUUGAUUCGCUAAAGACACUUAUUUCGUGCGUGAAUGUGUGUAUAUGGGGCGUAGAACGGAUCUUUUCAUCUAAAAUGUAUUUAUUUGUGCCAGAAAAUCCAAAUAUCAUCACGUCUACAUCUUAUGGUAUGCUGCUCCUGUCUGAAAGGUUCACUAUAUCACAAAAUUAGGAAAGUUUUCCGGCGAGAAUGAGAUUGGAUUUAAUUGCUGCGAUAAUUAUCUGAGCAUUUUUGUAGGGCUCUCAAAAUGUUCCCGUGAAGGAAAGCGGCUCCCUGGACUCGCCUCGUUAAGCAGCAAUCUCUCUGCAGCUUAACGACUCAAUUUGACACCUCUCUGUCUGUCUCGGAACUGACGGCGCUGUUGGGGAACGGACCAAUUUCUCACAGUGCGCACUUGACUCCUGCUCGACUCCCAUGAGAAGCUAGCCGCCUGUUUUAGUGUCUAAUGCCAGUUUUGCCCGCGUGCGUUGACGCCCCUGUUGCGACAUGAUUUUGCUUUUAUGCAUUCCGCUUUUCGUGAACAUUUUAAAUUGACGCGCACACAGAACUGUUUUAUUUGGAGAGUGUCAAGUUAAUUUAAUCGUGUGGUCACAUGACUGAUAUUUUACUGUCAGUCCUCAGGCUCACUUCAUAUUUUUACUGUGUAACUGCUUGCACUGAUGUCAAGCACUAUUGUGUCUUGAUUUUUCCAAACAUUAACCAGCUUACUACAGCUCUUAUAAGAAUAUGCCAUAUUUAAAGGGAUAGUUCAACCAAAAAUGUAAAUUAUCCCAUGAUUUACUCACCCUCAAGGCUUCCUAGGUAUAUAUGACUAUCUUCUUUCAGGUGAACACAUUCGGAGAUAUAUUUGAAAAUAUCCUGGCUCUUACAGGCUUUAUAACGGCAGUGAACGGGGGGCCAAAUUUUGAAGCCAAAAAAUUUAAAUGCAUCCAUUCAUCAUAAAAGUAAUCCAUACGGCUCCAGGGGGCUAAUAAA